UGAACUCUCCUACCAUUUUCCAAUAUCUCAUAUCUGUUUUAUUACAACCUAUUAGAGAUAAAUGUCCUACUGUGUUUAUAAUUCAUUACAUGGAUGAUAUACUUCUUUCUAUGGAAUCUGAACUCUGUUUGCAACAGUUAUACAAUGAAGUUACUACUACUCUUCAAAAUCAUGGCCUGCUUGUUGCGCCAGAUAAAAUUCAAUGGAAAGCACCCUUUAAUUAUUUAGGACAUGUUAUGGAAGAAUCUAAAAUCAAACCUCAAAAAAUUCAAAUUUCUGUGCAAUCUCUACACACACUGAAUGAUUUUCAAAAAUUGCUAGGAGAUAUUAAUUGGCUGCAGCCAUCUAUUGGCAUCCCCACCUAUGCCUUACAAAAUCUAUUUAAAAUUUUAGAGGGAUCCCCUGACCCUAAUAGCCCUAGGCAACUAACAAAAGAGGCCAAAGAAGAACUGGCCUUAGUGGAGAAACGCAUUCAACAAUCUUUUUCAACUCGGUUAGAUUAUGAUCAACCAGUUUCUUUAUAUAUAUAUUCCCCACUGAACAUUAGCCCGCUGCAGUUAUAGCUCAACAUAGCCCAAUAGAAUGGGUAUAUUUACAUACUAAACAGUCUAAAAAAAUUGUAUCAUAUAUUGAGGAAAUAGGGCACUUAAUUGUGUCAGGAAGAAGCCAUAUACAAACUUUGACUGGAUUUGAUCCAUAUGCAAUACACAUUCCCUUGACAAAAAAGGAAUUGCAAAUUGCCUUACAAUAUAACUUGACCAUGCAAAUGGCAUGAAAUGAUUUUCAAAAUGUUAUCUCAUUUCAUUUGCCGAAAGGAAAAUUAUGGGACUUUCUACAAUGUACUAAAUUCAUUGUAACUAAUAUUGCAUCCCAGCCUAUUUCCAAUGCACCCACCUAUUUCAUUGAUGGCAACAAGAAAGGCAUAGCAGGGAUUGUCGGCCCUGAUAUCAAAGAGAAAUUACCCGCCACCUAUUCUUCAAUACAAAGAGUUGAGUUGUAUGCUUUAUAUGCUCUUUUGUUGCUUCAACAAUUAUCCUUCAAUGUAUAUACUGAUUCCAAAUACCUUGCUUCCCUUUUUCCUGAUUUUGUUACUGCCUUUUUAUAUAACCUAGAUGAAGAAUUAUAUACUCUCUUUUCACAGACUCAAGCUUUAAUUCGCUCACAUACGGAACUUUCUUUAUUGCACAUAUACGUGCUCAUUCAGGUUUACCUGGCCCUCUGGUUACAGGAAAUGAUGCUAUUGACAGGCUCAUAGCUCCCAUUUUUACGUCUGCCAGUGACGAACAUGCUAAUCUUCAUACCAAUGCUAACAGAUUGCACUCUAAAUACCAUAUUCCUCUUGCUGAAGCACGGCAUAUUAUUAAAACCUGUGAUGUCUGCGCCCCUCUGCAUUUACGGACUACUAUUUCAAGAAUUAAUCCCCCGGGGGCAACAACCUAAUUUCCUUCAGCAAUCUGACUUCAUCACUGCUCCUUAGGAAAGUUUUCUUUGCUUUUUGUCUCAGUUGAUACAUUUUCCGACUUUAUCUGGACAAUACCUAUCUCUUCAGAAUCCAGCAAACACGCCAUUUCUGCACUCUUACUCACCUUCCCUGUUAUGGGGAUUCCUUCAGUCCUGAAAACAGACAAUGGGCCUGCAUUUACCUCACACUCGUUUCAUUCAUUUUUAUCAGAAUGGAACAUAACACACAUUACAGGAAUACCCUAUAAUCCUCAGGGUCAAGCCAUUAUUGAAAGAGCCCACCACACCCUAAAAACUCAUUUAAUAACAGAAAGGGGGAAUAUGGAAGAGGAGAUACACUUCUUAUCCUAUGAACCCUCAAUUAUUAUUAUCUUUAACUCUUUAUUCCCUAAAUUUGUUAAACUUAACAAAAAAAAUUCUGACAGUCGUGCAGAUAGACAUUUUGCAGGAGACAAAAACAGCAAAUUAGAAAUCAAUACACUAAUAUGGUAUAAGCAAUUUAAUCAGUGGCUGCCAGGAAUCUUAUGACUCCUAGGCAAGGGUUAUGGUCUUGUCAUUGCAGAUGGAGAGGAAAUCUGGGUUCCCCUUUGCCAUGUCCGUUACCGAGAGGGACCCCAAGACCGGACUCCCUCGGGAAGUGACGAAGUUGAUGAGAAGGGUCUUGUCAAUGAGGAAACGCCAUCGUCUGAAUCCUUACCCGACACGGGCUCAAGUGAAAAACAUGACUUGUCAGGCUGAGCAGACACUGAAGAGUACUGGAACUCCUAUGACUCCAGAUAAGCUGUUUCUGGCAAUGUUAGCUGUUCUUUCCUCUUCCUCUGGGGACAUAGAUGUCUCUACUCAAGACUCCAUGCCUCUCACAACGGAGUCUAACUAGCAGCUGCCAUGCUUAAAUUAAAAACAAAAGGAGGAUAUGUUGGGAAGCCCAGUACAAAAUAGCCGGUUGGAGGAAGUCCUUGGGAAAAUGGCGAAGGGCCAGAAGUACUCCAGCUUGGUGCUGCGGGCAGAAAAACAUCUCCUGCCUUUGGUUAUGCCUGGCGCCAAGAUUUAAUAAUAAAUAUUAAGGAUGUUGCUUGAGAAAACGGGUUAUGGGAUAAGCACAUGGGUCACUUAGAGUGCGCUGUCCUUGAAAUAUUUUUACUGAUUAGGUGUUAACCCUGUACACGCUCUGCUGGCUGUAUACUCUAAGCUCUUUGUUCCUGCUUCUAUAAAAAGGCUUGACUGCAGAAAUAAACUGGUCAGUCCUUGCAA